CCCACCCGUCCCGAUUCACCGGCUGUUCGCUUUAGGCUGCUUUAGCACUGUUUUCAUUUCAUCCCUCUCUGGUCGGGUCAUGGCUACUCGCUCUGUUGAAGAUUCCUUUCCUUUACACGGGUUGCUGCCGAAAAAGGAGACCGGUGCUGCUUCUUUCCUGACCAGGUUUCCUGAGUACGAUGGACGGGGGGUGCUUAUCGCUAUCCUGGACACCGGGGUGGACCCGGGUGCGCCGGGCAUGCAGACCACCACAGAAGGCAAGCCCAAGAUUGUGGACAUCAUCGAUACGACGGGCAGCGGUGACGUCAACAUGUCCACUGUGGUGGAGCCAAAAGACGGAGAAGUGCUCGGACUUUCUGGACGCACUCUCAAGAUCCCUCCUGCCUGGGUGAACCCGUCAGGAAAAUAUCACAUCGGUGUUAAAAAUGGUUAUGAGUUUUUUCCAAAACCACUCAAAGAGAGAAUACAGAAAGAGCGCAAGGAGAAGAUGUGGGACCCUGCGCACAGAGCAGCUCUAGCCGAGGCCAGUCGCAAGACGGAGGAGUUUGACCUGGCUCAUUCCAGCCCAUCACAGAUGGAGAAGCUGCAGAAAGAGGAGUUGCAGAGCCACAGUGAGCUCUUGGGGAUGAUGGAGAAGAAGUACAGCGACCCCGGGCCUGUUUACGACUGCUUGUCGUGGCAUGACGGCAUCACCUGGAGGGCAGUGGUGGAUACUUCAGAGAGCGGAGACCUGGCGUCCUGUACCGUGCUCAGUUCCUACAGGGAAAGACAAGAGUAUGCCACGCUAGGAGAUGCUGAGAUGCUCAAUUACUCCAUCAACAUCUAUGACGAGGGGAACACUCUCUGCAUCGUCACUAGUGGAGGUGCUCAUGGGACUCAUGUCGCCAGCAUUGCGGCCGGUUACUUCCCCGAUGAGCCGGAGAGAAACGGUGUGGCCCCUGGUGCCCAAAUCCUGGCGCUGAAAAUAGGGGAUACUCGUCUGAGCACUAUGGAGACGGGAACAGGCCUUAUCCGUGCGAUGAUCGAGGUCAUUAACUACAAGUGCGACCUUGUGAACUACAGCUACGGAGAGGCAACGCACUGGCCAAACUCAGGGAGAAUUUGUGAAAUCAUCAGCGAGGCGGUGCAGAAGCAUAACGUCGUCUAUGUGUCGAGUGCUGGGAACAACGGGCCAUGUCUCUCCACGGUGGGAUGUCCGGGAGGAACCACGAGUAGCGUCAUAGGUGUUGGCGCUUAUGUCACACCUGACAUGAUGGUGGCAGAAUAUUCGCUGAGGGAGAAGCUGCCUCCUAAUCAGUACACGUGGUCCUCGAGGGGUCCCAGUACGGACGGAGCUCUAGGUGUUAGCAUCAGUGCACCAGGGGGAGCUAUCGCCUCUGUGCCCAACUGGACUUUGCGUGGCACACAGCUAAUGAACGGCACCUCCAUGUCCUCUCCUAACGCCUGUGGAGGCAUUGCGCUCGUUCUCUCAGGGCUGAAGCAGAACGGGAUGCGACCCACAGCAGCAGCCGUGAGACGCGCUUUAGAAAACACAGCCCAAAAAGUGGACGAUAUUGAAGUGUUUGCACAGGGUCAUGGUAUUAUUCAGGUGGAAAGAGCGUUUGACUACCUCAUGCAGCAUGCUUCUACUCCUACUGGUAACCUGGGUUUCGUGGUCACCGUGGGAAACCAGCGGGGCAUCUACCUCAGGGACGCCGUCCACGUCUCCACUCCAUCUGAUCACGGAGUCGGCAUUGAGCCAGUCUUUCCCGAAAACACUGAAAACUCUGUACGAAUCUCACUGCAGUUGCACCUGGCGCUCACGUGCAGUGCAUCGUGGGUGCAGUUCCCGACUCACUUGGAGCUCAUGAACCAGUGCCGUCACGUUAACGUCCGCAUCGACCCACAGGGACUUCGAGAGGGCCUGCAUUACACCGAGCUGUGUGCUUAUGAUACCGCCACACCCACUGCAGGUCCCCUCUUCAGAGUUCCCAUAACGGUUAUAAUCCCUAGAAAGGUUACAGAGAGCCACGAUGUCUCCUUCAAAGACGUUCACUUCAGACCAGGCCAGAUACGACGCCAUUUCGUCACAGUUCCUCAAGGAACCUCAUGGGCAGAGAUCACAUUAACGUCUCAGUCCACCGACGUCUCCUCCAAAUUCGUCCUUCAUGCCGUCCACCUCGUGAAGCAGAGGGCUUAUCGAGCUAAUGAGUUCUACAAGUUCUCCUCGCUGCUGGAGAAGGGCUCGCUCACGGAGGCGUUUCCUGUCCUGCCUGGCCGAACGGUAGAGGUGUGCAUCGCUCGUUGGUGGGCCAGUCUCGGUGAUGUCGUCGUGGACUACACCAUAUCCUUCCAUGGGCUGCUAACAUCACCUUCUCCUCUUCAUAUCCAUGCUUCCGAGGGCAUAACAAGCUUUGAGGUGUCGUCUCCUAUUAGAUACGAGGAGGUGUCGCCCACCAUCACACUGAAGAACUGGGUGCAGCCGCUUAGGCCGAUAAGUUUUAAAAUAAAGGCGCUUGGCUGCAGAGACGUCCUGCCGAACAACCGACAGCUUUAUGAAAUCAUUCUCACGUACAGCUUUCACCAGCCUAAAAGCGGUGAGGUGACCCCCAGUUGUCCGAUACUGUGUGAGCUACUAUACGAGUCCGAGUUUGACAGCCAGCUCUGGCUCCUCUUUGACCAGAACAAGAGACUCAUGGGAUCUGGAGAUGCAUAUCCUCACCAGUACUCUUUGAAGCUGGAGAAAGGUGACUACACUAUCCGGCUCCAGGUUCGUCACGAGCAGCAGAGCGAGUUGGAGCGGCUGAAGGACCUGCCUUUCGUAGUGUCUCAUCGCCUCUCCACCACGCUCAGCCUGGACGUGUACGAGACGCACCGGGCGGCCAUGCUGGCCAAGAAGAAGGCAAACUCUCUCACUCUCGCACCCGGAGCCUCACAGCCAUUCUACAUCACCUCUCUAUCAGACGACAAGAUACCUAAAGGGACAGGUCCAGGGUGCUACAUGACCGGCUCUCUGGUUGUACCGAAGAGCGAGUACGGGAAAAAAGCGGGCCAAGCCUCAGCCAAACGACAAGGAAAAUUUAAAAAGGACACUGUGCCAAUUUUCUACCACCUGAUCUCCGCCCCGAACAAAUCAAAGAACGGAGGCAAAGAGAAGGAAAAGGAUGGGGAGAAGGAGAAGGACGUGAAGGAAGAGUUCUCUGAAGCCCUCAGAGACUUGAAGAUUCAGUGGAUGACAAAGUUGGACAACAACACUUUAUACGAUGAACUCAAGGAGAACUUUGCAAAUUAUCUUCCUCUCCAUGUCCAACGACUGCAUCAACUGGAUUCAGAGAAGGAACGACUGAAGCGAUUGCAGGAUAUUGUGGCAGCAGCAGAUAUUGUUAUCUCUCAAAUCGACCAGACUGCACUGGCAGUGUAUCUCACAAUGAAGACAGACCCUCGUCCAGAUGCAGCCUCUAUAAAGAGCGAUAUGGAGAAACAGAAGUCAUCACUGCUAGACGCUCUCUGUAGAAAAGGCUGCGCUCUGGCUGAACUGCUCAUGCAUCCUCCAGAGCAGGAGGGGGCGAGCUCAGGGGAGGAGGGAAGCUCUGAAGAGGACCCCCACGGAGUGGUUAAAUCACUGAAUGACACUUUUUGGGAGGUUCAAAAGUGGGCCGAGCUCACCGACUCUAAGGUUCUGUCAUUUUCCUACAAACACGCCUUGGCGAAUAAAAUGUACGGAAGAGCCUUGAAGUACGCUUCUAAAAUUGUUGAAGACAAACCCAGCAAGGAAAACUGGAAGAACUGUAUUCAGCUGAUGAAGUCACUGGGCUGGACGCACUGCGCCACCUACACCGAAAACUGGCUUCCUGUCAUGUAUCCGUCAGACUACAUACCUUUUUAAUCCAGAUAGCACAGGAGUUCCUUGUCCACGUGCAGUCCCAAAUUUUAAGACUCUUGAUGUGGUUCAAAGUGUGGAUCCCGUUAAGCUUUUUUUUUUUUUUUUUUUUUAAAGAACUGGAGGAUCACAUGGGACAUGCCAACAUUUCAUUACAUAUCAUACUCUCAUAAUCCUAAAGUUACAGUUGUGUAUGAUUGUAUAUUUUGUGGAGGAGUUAUUCUUUUUUUUAAUUAUUAUUCAUUCUUCAUAUCCUCUUUCAGUACAGGGAGGAGAUGCUGCUUGGUUGACAUUUUUAAUACAGAAAUCCCUGUAGUUGUCUUAGAUCUACCCCUGUAGAGUUUUCUUUUCAUUUGGAGUGCCAAUUUUAUUUAAUUUCAUUUCAAAUGCAGGAAGGAGUGCAAGUAUGGCAGCCUCUCCUGACAGUUAUAUAAAGGCAAUAUAAAUAUAUACAUAAACCUACUUCUCCCUAAUAUACAGUAUAUGUACAAUGUAUGCAUGUUUUUUUUUUUUUUUUUUAAAUAUAUAAAGUCUAAAGGGAAGGCUUUUUUUGCCUGAAAGCACACAGCUUUCAGUCAUUUCUAUCAUUGAACUGGGCCUUUAUACUGUAUAAUGGAAUGAUCAUGAUUUUUAUGAAAAGUAGUGCAAGUGUGUGUGUUUGAAAUAUGUAAUUUUUUAUUUAUUUAUGCGUGAAUGCAUCUGCUUACACAGUUUCUGUUUUUAAUAUGGUUGAAUUUAGCAAUUUCUACAAACGACAGCCAGUUUAUGGCACUGCAAUAGCACAUCUUUAAAAAAAAAAAAAAAAAAAAUUGCUGCAGGAAUGUAUUGGUUCUAUACACAUUUAGGGAAAAUCUCCACCAUGGAUGACUAUUUAUAAUCCUUACUAUGACCAUGUACCUGUAGUCUAUUCAAAUGUCCAUCCAGAGUUCUCCGAUCGAAAACCACUAACUUCUCACAAGUAUAAUGAAAAUCCAGCAUGAUCAAGUAAUUCUCAUCAGAAACGCUGAACACCUCAGAAAUAUUUCAGUGUAAUUGUGUUCAAUGUGCUUCAUGGUGGAGUUUUUCUUUAAGUUAUAAGGAGUAGUAUGGAUUUGAAGGCGAAGUGUGAGCUGUGCGUUAAAUGGCACAGGGUUAAGCUGCACUGUAAAUGUGUUGGUCAGUUCUCCAAGAUAAGCUUUCUGACUUCAUGGUAUUAACGCUGUGUAUUGAUCAUCCUCUUCCUUGUCAUGCGGUAAAACCUUUUUGUUUGGCUCGAGCUGCUUUUAAAUGUACAUUUUCAUAUCAUGAUCCCUCAGAAUGUGCAGUAUCGGAUAAGCAGCUGUGGUUAAUAAAUGAAAUGAAGUUCUCAGUUCCACAGUCACUCGCUGUUGGUAUCUCUCGUCAAAAAAAAAAAAAAGCAAGCUCAAGCUUUCCCUUGUUACUGCGUAUUAUUAUUAUUAUUAUACUUGUCAGCACCAACCACCAUAAAAAUCAUCGUGAUGCUUUCAGAGGAUGCCAUACAUCUCCUUGAUUUGGUUUAAACUCAUGGCUUGUAAUUACUGUAUGUACUAAUGGAAUCAUUUCAUUCUCCAACUUGAUUCAAAUGCACACCGUUAUGUGUUUUAGUCUGUACCGAUAUAUAUUCAGGGUUACACUGGCAUCGACUUUGCCAACAUCAGUUUCCUUAACAAUGGCCUUAAACCAUCCCGAACUUCACGCCGUCCAGUGCAGUCACGGGUCUCUCGUGUCGCAGUGGCUGUGUCAAAGAGCGUUGGAUGUGUUCAUGGGUAUUGUGUAUUUCUGAAGUUGAAACAUCUACUAGUUAAUGCCAAUCUUUUAAUGUGCUUUUAAAUAGAAGCCAACAGGAUGUAAUAGUAUAAUUUUAUAACCUUUGCACACUUCAAGAGAUUGUAUGGAACGUCAGGACAAGUUAUUUUGUUAUUACAAGUAAUUGUUGAGUGUGUGUGUGAUACAGCAUAAUUCUGAAUAAAACUAUUUGAACA